UUUGUAACUCGGUCAACAGCUUUGACUUGUAUGAAAAUAAGAAUAGCUAAUACGGUUUUCCUUUUUUUGAAAACACCAGGUCAACUUCAUCAUUUCUCACACUCCAGAAGUAGCUUCCGGGGUGAUCGAGGCCGUAUACAAAGAACUGAGCCGAGCGAAUGGCAACAAUAUCGAACUUCGCAACACCGGCCAAGGCUCGUACAUGAGAAUCAACGGGUUUGCCAAGAACAUCAAAGGGUACAUCGACUUGGCACAGAAUGUAGCUGAGGACUUGAUCUCCAACGAGUCCAUCGGAAGAUCUAAUGUUUUCAUGGAACCUCCCGCCGAAAUCGAUAGCGCUACUCAGGUCAUUCUACACACCAACCCCGUGUCCGGCGAAGUACGACCAAUGCUACAACCGGGACAAGAUGCUGUUGCCGCCCUGCAACUUCUGGAGACUCGCGAGCAGUAUAAGGCGAAACUGAACGAUUAUCUCUACAAGUCGCUGAUCAAAGCUGGCCGUCUCAAGUUGUCAUUGACACUGAGAGUUUACUUGGGUCAAUUCAUAUUGCGAAAGUACCCAAAGGGAAAGGAAGUGUAUGGGUACAACGAUUUCCAUACCAUGGUGAAGAAUCCCCGAGCCUCUGGAUGGCUGAAGAACUGGAUGGGUGACGAGACGUUAGCUAAAAGAGUCCUGGAUUUUGUCAGGAACAGCACAAACGGUCCGUUCCAACCUAUUGGCAAUCAGGCGGCCGUAGCAGCAGAUGUUAUGCCGCAAUAUUCUCUCGAGAUGCGCUCUGAGGGGACCAAGUUUGAUGUACCGGUCAAGAAGAGAACUAGCCUGAGGUCAAGAGGCACGGUGGCUUGUCAGAUCUACCGUGUAACUUCGAGUACACUUGACGCCAACCCUGCCGAGGCUAAUGCUUAUAACUUGAGCCUCGGAAAGAACCUUGACUGGCAAUUAGAAGGUGCCGAAGAGGACAAGGGCGCAAAGACGUUCCCAGAAGUUACCCAAUACCUAAGAUCCGCCAAGGCCGAACUAUCAAACUCGGAGCGACCACACGACCUUGACGUCUACCCCAGCGUUAAGCUGGAACCCUCGAUCGCGAUGGAGAGUAAAAUCAAACAUGUCGCGGUCAAGACAAUCUAUCAAUUCAGAUGGAAGGCCACAACGUACAUUGUCGAGAUCGCAGUCAACCACCGAUGGGACAGCAUCCCUGCCAUGAGAGCCAAGGCAGUGCCGAAGAUCGAACUUGGAAUCAGCAUCUUUGGAGAAGACUGGGAUUCGGAAGAGGAUGUAGUUGGGAACGUCUGGGGCGACGAGUUGGAGUAUCUACUUGAAGGCCGGCGAGGCGAAACGAUGCCUAAGGGCCCUGACAGGGUUGACUAUUUCCUACAGACAAUUGGUGACAUUCGCGAUGCCUUGGAGCACCUCAUCUAGGCUUGCCAUUUCAGAUUCGGACCAUGAGUUAUGACAGGAAGGAUUUAUCAAAACAGUCCCUAGGUUACUUGUUGAUAGUUUGGCGCUGGGGCUUUGAUGUUUGUUAAGAGCUAAGAUCCAUCAAGGAUAUCUCACAGCUCUUGGCCGUUUACGAUGGUGCUGUCUGCUGCGCUCCGCCGACCAUUUUUUGCCUUAAAACUAAUAGUUUCGCAAUUCGCAUUAGCUACUAAAACAGAGAGAAAACCCAGAUUAGGACGUAUAGAGUCAAUAGUACCUUCUUCGAC